UGGUUCAAAAAGUUCUAAAAUUAAUGGAUGAUGCUAAUGGUGAGGUGCAGAAUUUGGCUGUUAAAUGCCUUGCGCCACUUGUUAAGAAAGUUCGCGAGGCGCAGCUAGGAGAAAUUGUCGAUAAACUGUGUGACUAUGCUACUCAGAAGAACAAGGAGGAACUACGUGACAUCGCCGGAAUUGGUUUGAAGACUGUCAUUGUCGAAAUACCGAAUCAUUCACAGAGCGCGGGAAAUGUGAUGCAAAAGUUGAUUCCAAAACUUCUCGAUCAGCUAGGGAAUGCUAAUGCAUCAUACGAGGUACAAAUGGAUACUCUCGACAUCUUGAGCGAACUUCUCGCUCGCUUUGGCGGUUCGGUGGCCAAUAAUGUGUCCUCGCAAAAGAAAAUUCAAACAUGCUUGAUAAAUAAUUUGAGUCAUUCGCGUCCAGCUUUUAGGAAAAGGACCACCAUUGCACUUGGAAAUCUUGUGACACACACACCUGAUGAUCUUUUCAAUGAAUUGGUACAGAAAUUGCUGGAAGGCUUUGAGAAAGCGCAGAAUCAGAAAGAUAAUCUCAAGACCUUAAUCCAGUGUGUCGGAACAUUGAGUCGAUCGAGUGCCCCGAGACUGGGAAAGUACUUGCCCCAAUUUUUACCGCUUGUCAUUAACCACAUCGACGUAAAUGACGAUGAACUACGUGAAAAUUGUUUACAGGCACUCGAGUCAUUUGUAUUGCGUUGCCCGACGGAAAUUACUCCAUAUAUCGAUUCUAUCAUUGAUAUUUGUUUGGUCUACUUGAAAUACGAUCCGAAUUACGAUAGCGUCGCUCUUAUUUUAUUCAGGGAUUACUCCGAUGAUGAUGACAUAUCUUGGAAAGUUCGCCGAUCUUCUUCGAAACUCCUUGCAGCCAUCAUCGGUACGAGACAUGAACUUCUCGUGCAAUUGUAUCACAACGUUGCGCCGGCCUUGGUCAACAGGUUCAAGGAGCGGGAAGAAUCCGUUCGCGUGGAUGUACUCCAAACGUUCAUAAUUCUUCUCAGACAAACCUUCGUAUACGGUGGAGAAGGUUACAUUCCACGAGAAAAUGAUCAUGAACCCAAACGUCGAAGGGCCGUGGGACCAAGUGAAUCGCAAGAAAGUCCCAAACAGAUGCUGCGAAAUUUGGUUCCAAAACUAAGUCGUAACUUAUCAAAGCAAUUGGUUUCGAAAUCGAUUGCGACCAAACAAACGGGCUUCUUACUUCUGCGCGAAUUGGUCACAGUGUUGAACGGAGGCCUCGAUAAUCAUCUCGGCAUACUCAUGCCCGCCAUUGAAAAUUCCUUAUCAGCAUCUUCCGACUCCUCUCAUCAUCACGCGAGCACGAAUUCCAACCUUAAGAUCGAAACGUUGAGCUUUCUUCGUCAACUGUUUAAGGUUCAUCCGCCUCAAGUUUUUCACGCUCACCUCUCACGAUUGUGCCCACCAAUAAUCAAUUCUGUCAAAGAUAAAUUCUACAAGAUAACGUCCGAAGCUUUCCUAGUUUGCAUAGAGUUGGUCAAGGUCAUUCGUCCUAUAGAAUUUCAGGAAUCUACUCAAACAUACAAUGUGCAACCACUGAAUCCAGAAUUCCAAAGUUAUGUGCUGGACAUUUACGAUGCCACCAUGGCCCGCCUUUCAACCACCGACGCGGAUCAAGAAGUCAAAGAAAGAUCAAUAAUGUGCUUGGGCGUUCUUAUUUCUCAGACUGGUGAUAACCUACAAGAUCAGCUCAAAACAUGCAUGCCACUGUUACUGGACCGUCUGAGAAAUGAGGUCACACGUCUGACCACGGUUAAAACGUUCACGACGAUUGCAGACAGUACAGUCUGCGAAAGCGACGAGGUGAGGUCAUCCAUAAAAGGAGCUAUCCAGGACGUUGCAAUUUUGCUUAGGAAGAGUCACCGUCAGUUGAAGGUAGCUACUUUGGUAUGCCUGGAGGUCUUUGUCCGACGAUACGGCAUGCUUCUUGGUCCAGAGAAUUAUUCUCGAGUUCUUGAAGAGUUGACGCCUCACAUCUCUGACCAAGACCUUCACCUACUGCCCUUGGCAUUGAAUACAGUGGUUUCAAUCCUGCGCACAAAUCCUUCAUCACUUGCGUCA